CUGACCUGAUGGCCGGCACUACCCCUCUCAACCCCGGAUCUAUGCUCUGGCUUAGCUUGGGUUACUUAAUUCGUGGCAUUUAGUCAACAUCCCAGUUGACAAGAUACGUACUUCAGGUUUAGAGCUAUGCUUCGCACAUUGUCCCUCGCACGUUUCCCCGCCGCAUCAAGAGCUCAACCCCUUCGCAGGUUCUCCAUCAAAGCGACAACCAUGGCACCACUACGAGCUGGCUUUGUGCCCGAGCACUUCUGUACCCCACUAGAGUUUGCAAAGAGGCACUAUGGCCUCGAUGUAGAUCUCAUUCCUUUUCCUUCUGGCACAGGUCACAUGGUCACUGCUAUCCAGGCCGGUGAGAUCGAUCUUGCCGUAGGCCUGACAGAAGGCUGGAUCUCAGCGCUGGGCAAAGCACAAGCUGCUAAGCAAGACGCAGGCUUCAAAAUAGUCGGCACAUAUGUCGAAACGCCGCUAUGCUGGGCCAUCUCAACUGGGGCGAAGCGGGAUGAGCUCAAAGGUGUCCAAGACUUGAAAGGCAAGAAGGCGGGUGUUUCGAGGAUUGGCAGCGGGAGCUAUGUGAUGAGCUUCGUGCUGGCAGACCAGCAGAGCUGGCUAAAUACCUCCUCUGAUAGCCCACCGUUUCCUGUCGAGAUACUCAACACGUUCAAAAACUUGCGCGAUGCCGUCAAUAGCGGGGCAGCCGACUUCUUUAUGUGGGAACACUUCACCUCGAAGCGCUACUACGACAACGGUGAGAUCAAGCGCAUUGGUGAAAUUUACACUCCCUGGUCGUCGUGGAAAAUUGUUGCGGCAAACCAUCUCCUCACGUCAAAGAGCGGCAGCAAGCCCUCACUCGCGCCAGAGCUGGAAGAUAUGCUGGACAAGGUCAAUAAAGGCGUCAAGCACUUUGAGGAAAAUACGGAAGAGGCUGUUAAGUUUAUCAUCACGAAGCUCGACUACUCGGAAGAAGACGCUAGGGAAUGGCUGAAGACUGUAAAGUUCUCACAGCAGGUAAAGGGUGUCGACAAGGCGGUCGUUGAAAAGACUGUUGGCAUAUUGCAGAAAGCUGGUGUGUUGGGCAAAGAUGUCAAUCAAGCAGACAUGAUUGCACUCGAGCGUGUCGGAAACUGAGUCUUUACUGUGGACUCUUACAUGAAACUCAAUGUUUUGAAGUCGUUCAUCUGAAACAGAAAUCGAGCUUACUGCUUGUUCGGGGGUUCCCAUCAACCAAAAUUUUGAAUCAAGAGCUCACUUUCACCGGGCAAACGCGAUGUUGUGCAUUUCAGUGACAACCACAUUGUUUGUAAGGUUUCAAUGUUAUUCAACAACGGCAAACGCGACAAACUGAAUUCAUUACGACCGCCUAGCUUUGUUCUAUUACACAAAGG